UCCGGACCUAGAGGAAGGCUCAUCUAAAUAAAGGCUGAGUGGCAUUCCAAGGAUCUCCUCCUUCUCUGGCCACCUGUGUGACUCUGAUUAGUGAGACUCUUCUUCCCUAGGAUCCAGGACCCUUGGAAUGUGACAGCAAGAGUUGCUCAGAAUGCAGAAGAUCAGAGAGAAGCUCUAGCCAGCAGCAGGGCCUUGGCAGCCUCUCAAGAGAUUUCACACACUGGAGUGAAAGAUUCCCUGUCCCUUAGUGGGAGCAGUCUCCUGGGCCUGUGUCUAGGGAUAUCACCCCCUAUUUCAGAGCACCAGGCACCUCACUGAGGAGGAGCUGUGAACACAGGACAUGUGCCUAAGUGCAUAGUGUAGGCUUAGAAGUUCAAGGUGAUCAAAAAGUGAGCAGAGCUCUGAGUGAAGUGAGUAACCUUCACCAAGGCUGGGAAGCCUCUGGUCCCUCUCAUUGAGGCUCAACAAGGAGAUUUGCCCUGCUGAUAGGAGGACCCACGGACAUUGGAUUGGUUCCCACCUUCUACCCUCUGGGCCUCUGCCUCCUUCACCAGCUGCCCUGACCAGUGUCUUUUGGGUUGAGAUGGAAACAUGAACCUCCCCGGACAAUGACAGCAGUGCUGGUGCCUGGAAGCAGUAUGGUGAACUCCCAUUAUGCCAAGUGGGACCGCCGUGACAGCGUUGAAAGUGGCUGUCAGACUGACUACAGCAAGGAGGUGGAGGAGGGACAGCCCCACCAGCUGACGCCCUUCGAGAAGCUGACACAGGACAUGUCCCAAGAUGAGAAAGUGGUGAGGGAGAUUACGCUGGGGAAACGCAUUGGCUUCUACCGCAUCCGAGGGGAAAUCGGAAGUGGAAACUUUUCCCAAGUCAAGCUGGGGAUCCACUCCCUGACAAAAGAAAAGGUGGCCAUUAAGAUUCUGGACAAGACCAAGUUAGACCAGAAAACCCAAAGGCUCCUAUCCCGAGAAAUCUCUAGUAUGGAAAAACUGCACCAUCCCAACAUCAUUCGCCUUUAUGAAGUUGUGGAAACCCUCUCCAAGCUCCACCUGGUGAUGGAGUAUGCAGGGGGUGGGGAGCUGUUCGGAAAAAUUAGCACUGAGGGGAAGCUCUCUGAACCAGAAAGCAAGCUCAUCUUCUCCCAGAUUAUCUCUGCCGUGAAGCACAUGCAUGAAAACCAAAUUAUUCACAGAGACCUGAAGGCAGAAAAUGUAUUUUACACCAGUAGCACUUGUGUGAAAGUGGGUGAUUUUGGAUUCAGCACAGUCAGUAAAAAAGGUGAAAUGCUGAACACCUUCUGUGGGUCUCCGCCCUAUGCUGCACCUGAACUUUUCCGUGAUGAGCACUAUGUAGGUGUGUAUGUGGACAUCUGGGCCUUGGGUGUGCUUUUGUACUUCAUGGUGACAGGUAUGAUGCCAUUUCGGGCAGAGACUGUGGCCAAACUAAAGAAGAGUAUCCUUGAGGGUUCCUACAAUGUUCCCCCACAUGUGUCAGAGGCCUGCCACCGGCUCAUCCGGGGAGUCCUUCAGCCUGUACCCACUGAGAGGUUUGGAAUCAACUACAUCAUGAACAAUGAAUGGAUGCAAGGGGUGCCAUACCCCACUCCUCUAGAACCUUUCCAACUGGAUCCUAAACAUUUGUCAGAAACCAGCACCCUCAAAGAAGAAGAAAAUGAGGUGAAAAGCACUUUGGAACAUUUGGGUAUUACAGAAGAGCAUAUCCGAAAUAACCGAGGGAGAGAUGCUCGAAGUUCUAUCACCGGAGUCUAUAGAAUCAUUUUACACAGAGUGCAAAGGAAAAAGGCUUUGGAAAAUUUGCCAAUAAUGAUGCUACCAGAGCCCAAGGAAAAAGACCUAAAGAAAGGGGCCCGUGUCUGCAGAGGCAUAAGAAACACAUCUAAAUUCUGUUCAAUUUUAUAAACUGCAUCAAGCUCUUGGCAAUUCACCAAGAUGACGGUUGCUGCUUUAAUUUUUUUCAUAUACAACUUUG